AUGAAUUUACAAGUGUUAAUGUUUUUUGCUAUACAAUUUCCGGAUAUUAUAUCUGGAAAAAACGACUAUAUAAUAGGUGAAUCUGACGGAAGAAUAAUAGGAGGCCACGAAGCUAAAAUACACAGUCAUCCAUAUAUUAUAUCUUUGCAGUUAGAUUUUUGGUUUGUACGCACACAUAUAUGCGGUGGUUCAUUGAUUACUGACAACUGGAUCAUAACAGCCAGCCAUUGUAUAACAGGAUCAUGGUUAAUUGAUUGGUUGAACAUAGAUGCCGUUGCAGGUACACAUGAUGUGGAUUUCUAUGAUCCAAACACACAAAUAAUCAGGAUUAUCCAACGUAUACCGCAUCCGGAUUAUGCAGGCGGCGUCGGGCCCCACGAUAUAGGUUUGUUAAAAACUGAAUAUCCAUUUACGUUGACAGAUGAAAUCCAACCAAUAAAAUUAACAGACACGUUUAAUAUGAAAGACAAAAUAGCUCUGGCUGGUUGGGGCGUAUUUAGUACGCUUUUGUUUUUACCAAUAAUGCCUAGUAAACUACAAGAGGUUGUAAUGGAAUAUCUGCCAUAUAAAGAUUGUUAUAACGCAUUAGAAAAGAUAGUUAAGGAAAGCGGCGAAAGCAAUGCUCUUGUGAAGGACAGUAACCUAUGCACUGGUCCAAUAACAGGUGGAAUUGCGGCCUGCAGUGGAGAUUCUGGAGGGCCCUUAGUACAAUACGUAACAAAAAUUACAAGAAAUAAUAACACUUUAGAAUAUUUUGAUGAAAACCUAAAUAAUAUAGAUUAUGAAGACAUUGGAAAUUAUAGAAAUUUGAAUAAAGUAACACCCUUUCCAGUCCUAAUCGGUAUUACGUCUUGGGGUAUAAGUCCUUGUGGUGAAGUAGGCGCACCUACAGUUUAUACAAAUGUAUCUAAUUAUAUUGGAUUCAUAAAGAGUGUUACGGAAUUAGGUACAAUAUCACUAUAA